AAGGGCCUUUGAAAUACAGAAAGAGGGUGCAUGCAUGUGGCAUGCACUUUGCUUACUGAGAAACAAUUCAAGGGGAGAAUUUGACAGAGUUUGAACAAAGCUUCUGAAUGGCUACUGAACAAGACUGGUAUGCUCAAAAGAAGCUAGCCGAGGACUUAUGGCAGGCUGUAGACAAUGAUGAAGUCACCAAAGUUAGGUCCCUGUUGGGACAGGGGGCAGACCCCAACCACCAGCUCUACUGGAGUGACGAGUGGGCGGUUAAGGAUCCUCCAUUACACAGUGCUUGCUAUGAGGGCUACCUUGAGAUUGUGAAGACACUUGUUACUCAUGGAGCUCGUACUGAUAAAGGUGGUGGGAGUGAAAACAUGACUCCACUUCACUGGGCAUGCGGGGGAGGUCAUAAAGAGGUGGUGCAGUACUUGAAGGAGGUCGGAUGCAGCACUGAUGUGAGGGAUGAUUAUAACAACACUCCUCUUCACCAUGCUUGUUGGGCAGGAAGUAAAUACCUGGUACAGUAUCUGGUGGAGGAGCUGAAGAUGAAUGUUGAUGUGUGGGACAGGUGGGACCGAACACCACUGCACUGGGCUUGUUGGGAAGGACAUAUACAACUAGUGAAAUACCUAGUUGAGGAACUAAAGUGUGAUGUUGAUGUGACUGAUGAAGAUGGCAAGACUCCUCUUGACCUGGCAGUAGAGUAUGGUCGCACUGAAGUUGCUGACUAUCUCAAGUCUGUAGUCUCCACUCCUGAACCAGAUACUCCAAAUGGUUCCGAACAACUUUCUUCAAAGGAUGAUCCUAACCUAACCUCAUCAACCCUCAAUGAAUCAUCUAAGUCUGAGCAAGCUCUUAAUGAAGCCAUGAAGGCUGGAUUUGUCCGUGUGAACACUACCAAUAUCUUAUUCUUUGGAAUGGCUGGCACUGGUAAAACCUCCACUAAGCAUCUCCUUCUGGGACAGCCUCCUCCUGUAGAUCGAAACAGCACUCCAUUAGCUAGCACAGCAGAGAGGAUACGACAAAUUCGUGACACUACAAAGCUGAGAACGGAAGCUCAAGAAGAUCCCUCUAGAACAUGGAAACCAGUAACUGGUGAUGACUUACAACGCAUUGUUGCUGAUGCUAUUAAAUCUCAUGUAACCAGCGAAGAAUCUGCUAUCCCACAAGAACUCAGCAUUGCUUUGAAGCAACUUAAACUUAGCAAUGCAUCAAAUACGACGCCAGUUGAUGCAACUCCUUCAACUUCAAGAGCAACUAAACCAUUAGUAGCUGGAGCAACGCAUAGUAAGCUAGAAGGAAAAAAGAGUAAAUUUCUUAGCACUAUUUCAAAUGUAAUGGCGAAUAUUCAGCGAUUUUCUGAUGCUGAUCGCACUGCUGUUCAAGAAAAGUUUGGAUCUCAUUGGAUCUACAUAAUCGAUAGCGGUGGGCAACCACACUUUCAUAAUCUGCUGCCACUCUUCAUGCCCAAGAUUUCUGUAGCUUUGUACAUUCUUCGUCUCUCUGACUGCCUUGACGAUCAUCCACUGGUUGAAUACUACAAGGACGAUAAGCCAGUUGGUAAAGGUUUCAAGUCACAUCUCUCAGUUUUGGAUAACUUCAAGUAUCUCGUGCAGUCCAUUCAAUCUCACAGUGAAAACUGCAAGCUGGUAUGCAUUGGUACUCACAAAGACCAUCAAUCCAAAUGCAAGGAAACAUUGUCUGACAAGAAUAAAACUUUAUUGAACUUUGCGCAGAAAGACUGUAUUAAGAAGUUGACUAUGUUUUUUAAUUUAGGGAAAAGAGAUGUCAUAUUUCCUGUGGAUAGCAAGCACUGCGAUUCUGACAGUGAAGAAUUGGCGAAGAAAAUUCGUGGAUGUAUUUACAAAGCAUCUCAAGAGCUGAAUAAAUUUGAAAUCCUGGUCCCUUUUUGGUGGUUUAUUUUGGAAAUUAUUGUUGAGAAGGUUUCAAACGAUGAAAAAAAAAAAGUUCUAAGCAAGACCGAAUGUGUAGAAAUUGCAAAAAUGCUACAUAAUUUUCACGAAGAUGCACUUUGUGAAGCUUUGAAAUUUUUCCAUGAGCAUCACAUCUUUCACUAUUAUCCUGCCAUUCUACCAAAUGUGGUAUUCUGUGAUACUCAAGUGCUUCUCGAUAAAGUAACAGAGCUUGUCGAGUAUGCUGCAUACAUGCGAGGAAGUAAUGGGUUUGGAACAUGGUUAGAUUUUACCGAUAAAGGAAUUAUUACGAUUGAACUUUUAUCUGAUAAAAAUUUUGAAAAGCACUACAUCAAUGGACUCUUUGCGCCCACUCAUCUCAUUGAAAUAUUCAAGCACUUGCUGAUAGCCACCCCAUUUCGUUUAUUCUCACAAGAAGUCGGGAAAGAUAAGUGUUUCUAUAUGCCAUCACUUCUAUCCUUGCUGCCACCAACUCAAGUCAAUGACAAACGAGCUGAUUUGCUUAAGACCGAUUUGAUCCCACUCGUUUUAUACUUCAAAAGCAACUGGCAGUGCUGUGGAGUGUUUUGCUGUCUACAAGUGUAUCUGAUUAAAGAAUGUGAAUGGGAAAUUGAAGAGGAUCACCAGCCGAGUAGAAACUUUGUACAAUUGAUUCAUCGAGAGGAAGAUUGUUUUAUCACGCUAAUUGAUGGAUUUUCAUUCCUUGAAGUUCAUUCCAGCAGUAAUCAAAAAGAACUGCUGUCUUUGAUAUAUGAAAACGUUCACUCUGGUCUUCGAUCUGCUUACAAUGCCCUGAAAUACACGUAUGAGGAUCCUGAAGUUGCAUUUUUAUGUCCCCAUGAAUUUCCCUCUACUGAAGCAAGUGCAAGUCCCCAAGUGCCCCACCACCCAGCUCGUGUUCUGGGUAAGGGCACUUCUAUGAGGUGUACUCAACGCAACAGGAUGACGUAUAAGUUAGGAAACGGUCACAAAAAUUGGCUCUCGGUGUGUUGUCCAUCUAUGAGUGUAGCCAGUGCGGUAUCAUCACAACCAUCAGUGCUGGGCAGUGAGACUUCUGUGGAACGUAUACCCUCAGGCCAGCGCAAAAUAUCAUUGCCAUCAGUUGAAACUCUGUCAAAGGUUCCGAAGAAUGAUGGAACUGUACAAGUUCAACCACAUCAGAUGAUAGUGACAGCGACUGCCGCUCAGUUGAAUCAAGAGUGCUCAGAUGAAGCUCUUCGCCAGUUGUCUACCAAGGUUGCUGGUUAUGACAGAUACAAACACAGGCUGGGCCUCAGUGAUGCUGAGAUAGACGCUAUCGAUCAGAAUCCUACCACCGUUAAUAAUAUCCCUGGGAGAUUCCACGUUGCUCUAAAGAAGUGGAAGAGUAAAAGCAUCAUUUUUAACAAUCCAUUGAAUUCAACAGCUACUUACGGUCGAUUAGUGGAGAUUGCUACCAAGAUUGAGGACGGAGAGGCAUUUCGCAGCAUUCACAAGGCCUGUGUGGAGCAUACCAUUCAACCAUAUGAGACGAUAGUGACAGCGACCACAGCUCAGUUGAGUCAAGAGUGCUCGGGUGAAGCUCUUCUCCAGUUGUCUACUGAGAUUGCUGGCUAUGACACAUACAAGCACAGGCUGGGCCUCAGUAAUGCUGAGAUUGGUGCUAUCGAUCAGAUCAUUGUUAAUAUUCCUGGGAGAUUUCACGCUGCUCUAAAGAAGUGGAAGAGUAAAAAUAUUCUUCAAAUCAAUCCAUUGAAUUCAACAGCUACUUACGGUCGAUUAGUGGAGAUUGCCUCAGAGAUUGAGGACGGAGAGGCAGUUCGCAGCAUUCACAAGGCCUGUGUGGAGUAUACCAAUACUGGAGUUGCUUGAAAGGGACGAAUAAAGAUGUCAAGUAAAGAAGCAUGCAAGAAUGUCAAGUAAAGAACUAACUCUGUGUUGACUAUAAGUACUGACUAUUAUAAUGCUCUGUGUUCUGUGUUUGAUUAUACCACCUUCUAUUUUUAUAAAAUUUCAUUUCCAGC